UAUCUGAGGGGCAGGGUCGCUGGUUUUUAUAAAAUAAUAUGUCCAAAAUGAAAAUGGAAAGUGAAAUCGAGCAAGUCAUGUCAUCAUCAGGGUGAACACCACAUCGCAUUGCAUCGGCUAGACAUCCGUCGCAUCAUAAACUACUAAAGAUGUUGUAUUUUCUAUUCUGCAUUGUUUGGGUUUGUCAUGGUGCUUGUGCAAAGUUUCCUGAUUGGUUAAUCUCAGACAUAAAGGUACCAACUACUUUAACAAAAACGAAUGAGGGAAACUUAAUCCUAACCAAUGGUUUGAUCAGUAGAGAGUUUUCCAUAUAUCCUGAUUUUACUACUGUGGAUUACUACAGUCACAAAGAACAGGCAUCAAUUUUACGUGCUCUUAACCCAGAAGCUGUGAUCGGUUUAGAUGGGGUUGUUUAUAAUGUAGGAUAUGUUAAAACAAAUAUAACUAGAGCCUACUUAAAUAGAACUGCCCUAAAAGAUGAUUUUAAAUAUGCUGAAAACAGCUAUCAUUUUGUUGGUUAUGAUACAGAAAAUCCAAAAGCCCCAUUUCCAUAUAAACCAAUGAGAGGAGCUCCACAAGACAUAACUUGGCCACCAAAAGGGUUGCGGUUGAAUGUUUAUUUUAGAGCUCCUGAUUCUGCACCAUAUGAUCACAGAAAUAUACAAGUUUGCAUUCAUUAUGAAAUGUAUGAUGGUUUGCCAGCAAUGUCAAAAUGGAUCAGUUUGUCAGUACUAAGAGAUGAAUCUUUGGGAAAAGUGGCAGCUUCAGUAUAUUCUGUUGAAAUUCUAUCAGUAAAUCAGCAAUGGUCCCAGCGCUCACCAUGGGAUGGUCCAUACAAUACAUACCAGUGGCUCUUUAUUGGUACUGACCAAGCCCAUGGGUCACAGGCAAACUGGAAAGCAGAACCAAAUGUUAAAAUUGCUGGUGCAUUCAUACCUUGGGUAAACGUCACUUACGAUGUCCACAGGGGUUAUGUUCCUUCUGUGAGACUACAAUCUAAUGGCCUGGAAACAUUCCAUGUUCAUGAAUUAGCACAUGGUGCAAGUGAUGAAACAAGAAGGGCUUUAGGUCGUCAUCGUUUAAUGCGUUUACUGGCUCCUCACGUACAGGAGAAUCCAAUAUAUUUCCACCUGACUCGAUCAGACUCUGUAUCUUUUCGGAAGACUGUUGAGCAACUUGCUGAAGUUGGAUUUGAAAUGGUGAUUUAUAGCUUCGGUUCAGGCUUUAACAUGGAGAGUGAUAACGACACCUACAUUGCUGGAAUAAAGGAGGAUAUUGAAUUUGCAAAUAAUCAUGGAAUUGAAGUUGGUGGUUACGAUCUCAUUGUGUUGGACCGAAACUUGGAGUAUAAAUAUAUGGCAAUUUCCCCAGACAAUAAAACAUUAGGUUCUGCUUGCAUGGCUUCCAAGUGGUAUGAUGUUAUAUCUGGAAAAAUAUUGAGUUUUAUUGACAAGACUGGAUUAUCAAUGGUGGAAACAGAUGGUCCUUAUGGAGGAGGAACAUGUGCAUCCGAACAACAUCCUUACCAUGAGAACUUAAAAGAUUCUCUGUAUAAACAAGAGAUGCUACAAGGAAAACUUUUUCUAGAAUUAAGAAAGAGAAAUAUAUUUAUCAAUCAACCGGACAGAUUUUUCUAUCAAGGAGGAAAUAAAGAAGGUUUGGGCUAUAAUGAAGUUCAAUUUUCAUUGCCAAGAUGGAUCGAUUUGAGCAUAAGCCGUCAAACAGUGUUUGACAGAAUCUACAAUUUACCUCCAACUGCUGCUUGGAUGUUCUUGCCUUUAACAAUUUAUCAUGGUGGUGGUGAUGCAGCUCAGUUUGAGCCACUCUCCAAACAUUUGACAGAAUACAGCUUUGGCUUGGCACAGUAUUUGGGUGCUGGCGUAGCUGCUUGUUAUCGUGGAUACCGCAUAUUUGAUACUGAAGAAACAAAAGAAAUGGUAAAGAAUUGGGUAACAUUUUAUAAGAAGUAUCGUGAUAUUUUAACUAGUGACAUUGUUCGUGUUCGACGACCCGACAUGCAGUCUAUUGACUCUUACAUGCAUGUGAACUAUAAGCUAGAAAAUAAAGGUCUUGCUAUGGUAUUCAACCCAACACUUAAACACAUACAAAUGAAUCUCACGCUACCAUUAUAUUAUACUGGAAUUAAGAAAAUUGCGUCCAUCUCACAGGAGGAAUAUGGCUUUAAAGAAUAUCCUCUUGAUAUGGGCUGGGAGGUUGAAGUGUUUGUAGAUAUCCAACCACAGAGUGUCAUGUGGCUGUUGGUUAAAGAUGGUGAUGCUUAGCACUAUUUUUUUUGAAAUUAGGAAUAAAUAAUUAUUUAAGAUGCAAUAAGCCUUUUUUUAAUUUAUAAGGCACAGUUAUUCUUUUUUAGGAAGUCAAUCAGAAGAAAAUGUGUGAGUCUACAUGUGUUUUAAAUUUUACUUUUUUUUACCUAUCAGAGAAACCCAAAGAUUCCCAUGCUUUACUUUCAACAGAAUUGUUAAUACAAAAGGUUUGCCACUGACUUGCAAUUUUAUUUGUUUUAUGACACUAGUUUCUGUACUUUUUGCUAUAUUUAAUGUUUUGUUUCGCUUUUUGUUUUUGUAAUAUUUUUAUAUUUUUUGUAAUUGGAUAUAUUUCAUAAAAAUUAUGUUUUUGUGCAUGGAAAAUAUU